AUGAUGGACUCCAUUUCUAGACCAGUUACUGAGUUUUGCCUUGAUCUCUACAAAAAGCUCAACAGAAGUGCAGAGGACACAAAUAUUGUCUUCUCUCCUAUGAGCAUCUCUGUUGCCCUGGCCCUGAUCCAUCUUGGUGCAAAAAACAACACUGCUGCUCAGAUAGAAAAAGUGCUCCAUGUCAGGAAAGCUGCAGGAAGAAUGAGUCCUGGAUCUGAUCACGAGAGUGCAGCCCCAGAUAUGGAGCUAGAAGGAAGCCUGGAGAGCCAGCCUUCCUUCUCAGAGUGUAACAAGGAGGGGAACCUUAACCAUAAAGUGUUCCAGGAGCUGCUUUUGCAACUACAAAACCUUGGUGAAAAAUAUGUUUUAACCUUGGCCAACAAUCUCUUUAUACAACAAGGAUUUGAGCUCCAGCAGCAAUUUCUAACAUGUAGCAAGGAACUGUAUGGAGCAGUGCUGCAAACAGUGGACUUUCAUGGUGCUGUUGAAGCUGCCAGAAGAAAAAUUAAUGCUUGGGUUGAAAGUGAGACACAAGGUAAAAUCAGGGAACUCUUUGCACCUGGUGUGAUUGAUGGACGUGCAUUGCUGGUGCUUGUGAAUGUAAUCUACUUUAAAGCAUCCUGGGAACACAAGUUUGAGGAGGAAAAAACAGUUCAGAGGGAUUUUAAACUGACUCAGAACAGAAAGAAACCUGUGCAGAUGAUGUAUCAGAAAGGCAAAUUUAAACUGGGCUACAUUGAGGAGGUGGGUGCUCAGAUCCUUGAACUCCCUUAUGCUCAGAAGUCACUGAGCAUGAUCAUCCUGCUGCCAGGGGAUGUGGCUGAUGGAUCUGUCAGUGGGCUGGAGCAGAUUGAAAGCACAAUCACCUAUGAAAAUUUAAUGCUGUGGGCCUCCUCAGAGACCAUGUUUGAGACAACAGUGGAGGUUUACCUGCCCCGAUUCAAGCUGGAAGGCGCCUUUAACCUCAACCAGGUUUUACAGGAGAUGGGGAUGACCGACAUCUUCACUGAAUCAAAAGUUGACCUUUCUGCAAUGACAUUUGCAAAGUCUCUGGUGCUGUCAAACGUUGUCCACAAGGCCUACGUGGAGGUCAAUGAGGAAGGCACCGUGGCGGCGGCUGGCACAGGAGCUUCCAUUGUCAGGAGGUCUCUGCCUCUCACAGAGGUGUUCAUGGCUAAUCACCCUUUCUUAUUCUUUAUUAGACACAAUCCUACCAAUACUAUAAUUUUCUUUGGCAAACUCUGUUCACCUUAA